AUGCGCGGGGAAAAAGAGAGAAGUACAGGUCGAAUUCUGUACGACAUCCCUUGCAAAGUAUGUCAGGACCAUUCGUCUGGGAAACAUUAUGGGAUCUUUGCUUGUGACGGCUGUGCGGGGUUCUUCAAGAGGUCCAUCAGGAGGCAGAGGCAAUACGUCUGCAAAGCCAAGUCGGAGGGCAGCUGCGUGGUGGACAAGACGCACCGUAACCAAUGUCGGGCUUGCCGACUGCGCAAGUGCGUCCAGGCAGGCAUGAACAAGGACGCUGUUCAGCAUGAAAGAGGACCAAGAAAUUCGACUCUAAGACGUCAGAUGGCACUUUUCUAUAAAGAGCCGAAUUCACCACCUCCUGGGGACCUAGCGGGGGGCCUCGGAGUUGCAUCCGUGCCUCCGCUAAUACACCCAGCACCUCCGCACCCCUCGGUUCUAGACCUGGCCAUGCCAAAGGUGCCACGGCCUGAGCCGUAUCAUAUGCUCCUGCCGACGGCGAAUUUCUUCUGCAGUCCUGCGGCUGUUGCUGCCACUGCUGCCCUACAAAAGUUACCUUUGGGUCUGACGCUUCCAGCGCCCUUCCCUUCGCAUACCACGGAGACCCUGUGUGAGUCUGCAGCUCGACUCCUCUUCACGAACGUGAAAUGGGCAAAGAAUGUCCCAGCCUUCACUGGUCUGAAUUUUAACGACCAGCUCCUGCUGUUGGAGCAGAGCUGGAGGGAGCUGUUCGUACUCGGAGCUGCGCAGUACCUGCUGCCCUUGGAGCUCUCCCAACUUGUGAGCUUCCAUGGAGCACUCACUCACAGGGACUCAGAACACGCUGUAGCCCUCCUGCACGAGGUCAAGGUGUUCCAAGACACCCUCAGUAAAUUCAAGCAGCUCCACGUUGAUCCACACGAGUACGCCUGUCUGCGAGCCAUUGUGCUGUUCAGAACCAACGACGUGGACAACGGAAACAGUUCUAGCAGCAGUAGCAAGAGCAACACGCCGGGUACUGAUGACAGAACUCUGGUGGAUGCGGCAGCAGUGGCAGCCCUUCAGGACCAUACACAGCUCACCCUCAGUAAGUAUAUCGCCACGGCACACCCCGACCAACCGCUGCGCUUCGGUAAACUUCUGCUGCUCCUCCCAACUCUUAGAACCGUAUCUGCAGCCACCAUUGAAGAACUUUUCUUUAGAAGGACAAUUGGCAAUAUUCCCAUCGAAAGAAUUAUAUGUGACAUGUACAAGACAAGUGAUAUUUGAAACUUAUAGACUGAAAUGUUCAAAUAGAAAUAGAUUCCCAGGAUUCUACAACUGUAAGUCUGUCUGUAGACAACAGCUAUAGAAAUUGUAGCUGAGCGAGAAAGGGGCAGCAAUGCGUAGAACAGAGUUCCAAGCAUCAAAUUACGGUUGGCCUCGACAUUGUCUUCAAUAUGGCUAAGCCAGGGAAGACGUACGUACAGCAACAAGAGCAGAAGCCCCGAAAUCCAGCUGUCGCAGAACUGGAUUCAAAAUGGCUGCCCUAAGGAGGAUGUAUGCAGCAGAAACAUCAGCAACAGCACCCCGCAGUCCAGUAGCAGAACUGGUUCCAAAAUGGCUGCACUACGGAAGAUGUAAACAGCAGAAACAUCAGCAACAGCGCCCCGCAGUCCAGUUGUCGUAGAACUGGUUCCAAAAUUGCUGCACUAAGGAGGAUGUAUGCAACAGAAACAUCAGCAACAGCACCCCGCAGUCCAGUAGUAGAACUGGUUCCAAAAUGGCUGCACUAAGGAGGAUGUAUGCACCAGAAUACAUCAUCAACAGCAGCAGACUCGAAAUCCAGAGGUCGCUAUACCAGAAGACCAGACUGUGAAAACAGCGAAGUCGAAAUUAAUAACUAACAACCACAGUGCAACAGAUCAUGCUCUAUCUAAAGACAGCAAAUGUCAACUUGAGAGCUGCGUGUAACCUCGUCAUGUGACUACAAGGGCCUGCGUUAGCUGUGAGUGAAGAAUAAUUUGAAAUUCUCUGACUCAAACUGCCCCUCUUUUGAGAGAGGAGUUGCCAAAUACAGUCCAUCUACUCUGAGAACUAGACAGAUCGUGCUUUGUGUAGGCAACCCUAUGGAAGAAUGUUCCACUUUUCCAACCGCCUAUAUAAAUAUCAGCGGUACGGUUAAAAUAAUAUCUAAUCGAUUUCAAGUAAUGACGUGAUAACUUACGUCACUAACUGAAGAUGACGCACCGUUGUUGUCCGCCAACUAAGCGAAAUAAACGUUAUUAUAAAAUAAAAUAGCACAGCCACAGAACAUCAAUGACAGCUGCAAAACUAAGAAAGAAUUCUAGGUAAUAAAAGUAUAUAAUAUAUAUUGCAAUAGUAUGCUAAAAUUAAAGUUCUUGUUCUAAAUUUGUAAACAUAUUAUAUUUGUGAAUGGAACAAUUUUUCUGAUUAAUUUAGAGAGAGAAGGAAAACGUUGAUUUUGGGGUUUGUUUUCUUUCGAGUUACGUGAAAUCGUUUAGUCUCAUGCGCUGUUUGCCAACGUGCUGCAGGGGUCUGCUACCUCCAUCUUCGGUUUGAAGCUACAAAUCACUUAGCAGACUGCAUGGUGCCACAUAGCCCAAACAGCUGCAAUCUACAUUUUCGCCGCAGUGAAAACAUAAAAUAUGUAUUAGCACAUUUUUCAUAAUUACGACAUAAUAAGUCAGGUCAAACCAUUUGGUUGUUUCAAAGUGAAAUAUGGAAGACGCAAAAUACACUUGGACAUGUAAAUAAGACAGUAAUCAAAGUACAUAUUUCAAAAUAAACUUCGGUUCAUAUUAACAGAAAUC